AUGUCCUCUUCUCGCUCCAAUAUCUCCAUUAAAGCGCUUAUCGCCUUCUCAACUGAGAUAUUUGUGUACAUGGAUUGUACAUCGAAACUCAUCAACAGGUCCGACCCCAGUAAUACCGUCAAGAAUUCUUAUGAAUUUUCACAAAGGAUCAAGAACAUUGGGUUAGUGUGGUUGGAGCUGUUGAUGAGAUUCAAUGUACAACCCAUGUACACAAACAUCUCAGGUAAGAAGGCAAUAAGCGCCAUAAUGGAGAUAUUGCAGCGAAAAGAGGAUAUCCUGGAAGCAGAUGGUGUGGCCUUUUGCGUGGUCGCAGCCUCCUUUCCUUGUAUAGAAGUUGUUUAA